UUUUUACAUUUUGCAAGUUGUUUUUUACAAUUACUAGGCUAACUUUUCGGACACUAGUUUUCGAGUUUCAAGUUUUUUUGGGGUACAUUUUGAUAAGAGCUCUCGUUAAAGCCUCAAACAUUGCACGAUCUCCUCGCGUGCACGAAAUCCCGCCUGCGCUAAGAAACUGAGACUAUGAAAUGAGUUAUUCAUAAUGAAGUCAUGUUUUGUUUUUCACUUAUUAUAUGUCUUUUCAGUAAAAGGCCCUCAAUGGGAAGAAGACGAGUGUAGUAGUGUUCUUUCGUAUACGGAUAAAUGUCUCCCUGGUGGUUCACAUGGUGGUAUUGGUGGAAGGAAUGAAUAUUUUGAUAAAUUACGACCAUCUCAUACUAAAUUAUCACGACCAUACGGCACAUACGACUUGAAGUGCAUGUCGGGAGGGAGUGCAGGUUAUAGUAAGAAAGAACAAAGUGCUUGCGUUGGAGGAGGAGCCAUUGAGAUCAAAGCAGAGCAAGGAAAUCUUAUUAUUGGUGGAAUGAUAUCUGCCAGCGCUGCUCUUGAUUUAAAUUUGAAAAUAGCUUCGACUGGAUGUUCAGGAGGCUUGAUACGACUUAUUGCUAAACAGGUACAAAUGGAAAAUGGUGCGUCGUUGAAAGUGGAUGGUAGCAAUGCCAGCUCUCCAGAAGUAGGUAUUGAAGACCAAUUUUCAGGCAACGGUGGAGGUGCAGGAGGCGUUAUUCAGAUUGUUGCUCCAAAAGGCUCAGUACACAACAUAUCACUCAAGGCCGGGGUACCAUAUAAAUGCAGUACGAAGGAUAAUGCUAGCAUCAAUGCUACAAAUGGCGUUUUGUGGAUAAAACAAAAUGCUAGCGAUGCAAAUUAUACCUAUCUCGGUAACGCCUCAUUGAGUUUCAAAAAAUGGGGUAGGCCGUCGAGUGAUGGGACUGGAACUGGCAUGCCGUCACUAAACAAUCAAUCAUCACCUAGUCUCUCCAUGGUUUUCCAGGAGUUAGACUCGAUUAAGGAUAAUAUAGUUAAAAAUGGAGUUACUGAUGACCGCCUGGCAAAGCUUCUUGUUAGUCUUCACCGCCUACUGAAUAUAUCACGUGACAAUCUAACAAAGCAAGAGCUUUUGCAAUACCUUGAUGUCUUUGAGAACUUCACAGAGAUGAUAACAAUCUUGUCCAAAAAGGCGUCGUUGGAACAAACUAAGGAGAUCUUUGACGUUUUGGUGGAAAUAGCGACAACUGUCAUUGGUCUYGACAACCUUGUUACCUGGAAAGAGACAGAAAAGAUGCCCCAGUUUUUAAACACUCUGGAGAGAAUGGCAUUAUCUAUAUCGAGCUCUACGAAUUCUUCAUUCUUUCAGUCAGCUACAAAAACUAUAGUUGUCGAAAUGAAUCAAUUCACUGUCGAUGAGAAUGAGGGAUUGAGGUUUCCAAAACACGACAAACUACCACCUAACAGCUUUAUCUCGGAACAAGACUAUGUCUAUAUUCCAAUGAAGGCGCUACCGAAAACACCAGAGGGAUACAAAAUGGUAGUGUUCUUUUUCAAAGACAUUCAAAGUGGUCUACCAACUAAUUCUUUUCAGCAACUUCUCGGUGAAUCGAAAGAUUCAACAUUCAAGGUUACGUCAUUGCUGAUGUCAUGCAGUCUCCUUAGUAACGGUGUUUCUAUAAUCCAACUACAGUCACCRGCCACCUUAAAUUUCGUYGUUAAUCAGGUUAAAUCAAAGAUGAAGAAGGAGGAAACUCGAUGCGCCUUUUGGAAUUUGAAUAACAACUCCUGGGACAGCGASGGAGUUUCUGUCAAAAGUGUAAAUUCUUCCCAAACAGUCUGUACSACGACCCACUUCACCAACUUUGCAGUGUUAAUGCAGCACACCCCAAUAACGUUGACAGAAGCCGAAAAGAUUUCCUUGUUACUGAUUACUUACAUUGGAUGUGGUGUCUCCAUAGCAACAUUGCUAAUUKCUAUGAUUGUUUUCAUCAGUAUGGAGGCGUUAUCCUCUGAUCGCCACCGCAUCCAUUUGAACUUAGUAAUAGCUCUACUGCUGGCGCAGAUCUUAUUUCUCACGGGAAUUAAAGCAACUGAACACGAGACGCUGUGUAAAGUCAUUGCGGGCGUACUUCAUUAUCUCUACAUGGUGUCAUUCACAUGGAUGUUGAUCGAAGGUGUUCAUCUUUACCUUAAAGUUGUCAAAGUAUUUGGCAUCGAAAACAUCAAAAUCAGACAGUACUAUAUCAUAGGAUGGGGCUUACCAGCGCUGAUUGUUGGAGUUGCUGCCAUUAUCAAACCAUACGGAUAUGGCACCAAUCACGUAUGCUGGCUUUCUCUUGACGAUGGUUUCGUUUGGGCGUUCCUUGGUCCAGUUAUUGCUAUAAUAGCUAUAAACAUCUUUAUUCUGGCGGCUGUCAUUAAAACUGUUGUAGCGUCAGCUUCGACAAUGAAGAGUUCAGACCAUUCGCACAUAAAAGCUGGGAUAAAAGGAGCUUUGGUUCUUAUGCCAUUGAUGGGUACCACGUGGGUGUUUGGUCUCCUGGCCGUCAACAGAGACACGUUGAUAUUCCAAUACAUAUUCAGUAUCGCAAACUCUUUACAGGGUUUGCUAAUCUUCCUUUUGCAUGUUGUGUUUAACAACGAGGUCCGCCUCGCCUUCAGAAGACACUAUGAAAAGAAGCAAUUGUCGAAAGAGUCUGGAGAUUAUAACAAUUCAAUGAGCCACAGUAACGAGAGUGAUAAUAAAUUAAAGACAUUGGGAAAAUCAUCGUCUAACAGCAGCAUGUCAGGACUUGUAAGACUUAAAGCUCGAUUAUCAAUGAGUUUAAUGCCAAGGACUUCGCGUGUUGUCACUGUUCAGCCAAUCAAUAGCAUCGAUAAAGACGAUGGCCUGCAGGUAAACAGGAAAUUUCACCAGAAGUCCCCAUCCAGUGAGGUGUCUGGUUUGAACUCUCCAUCGGAGUUGGAUUCAUAUUCCAAGCCACCGUUGCACAAUCCACUGAGGAAAGGGAAAAAUGCAGGCUCACGACUUUAGCAUAACACACAAUACUCUUAAU